CGUAUAAACAAAAAAUAAAAUUUUUAGUCAUAUUAAAAUUAGAUAUAAUCUAUUAUAAUUUCAAUGGUUCGUGACGUAAGAUAAUGAUUCGACGUAUGAUAAUAGAGAAACUUUACGUAAAAGCUAAGCAGUGUGUGACAGAGCGUGAUCAUCGCGAAUAGCAAAGUAACUGAAGAGAGAGCGAGAAAGAGUGAGUAAGAGAGCGAGAAAGAGUGAGUAAGAGAGCGAGAGAGAGAGAGAAAGAGAGAGAGAGAGAGAGAGAGAGCGAAAGAACGAGAGAAAGAAAAGCACGCGAGACGCGCAAUGUGAAAUGUGAGUGUGUACUGUAUAGUGCAACGAACUGCGUGUAAAAAGCGUGUUUAUACAACUACAAGACAAAAUCAGCAAUAAAAGCAAGAUCGUAAGAAAGGCCCCCCGUGGAGGCCAAUCUCUAAUGUCAUCAUCGGCCCCGGAGGUGGGUGCGCGUCAAUACCGCGGGGCCAACGGCAAUGGGAUUACGUUGUUUGAGGCCGGCGAUGGCGCGGCCCUUCAGUUUGUACUGAGGGACCUGAGCCGCCGGCGCAGAUUCUCAUCCAGAGAUCUUUUUCUUCUUGGGCUUGGUCUUGUGGCCUCCACGACCACUCGUUCGCCUGUGUACCUUGUUCUUGGUGUUAUCGCCCUAGCAAUUGCUUUCAAAAGUACUCUCUUCUCCGACAGGACCAAUACUUUAUUGCUAGUAGAAUCUGUUGGUGUUCACAUUAUUAGUCAAAAAACUCUUUUAGGAACUUUUGAAGAAUACUUACCUUGGAAUAGUAUAAGUGAUAUUAUUAUUAAUGAAGUUAUCACAGAACAAAGAGUUUUGUAUUAUCUGACAUUUAUAGUUAGAGAGUUCACUAAUAAUGGCCAGCAACACAUAAGGCUUAUUCCUUUGUUUCGUGAUUUGAAACCUGAAAGAGAAUGCCUGGAAUACAUGUACGUUCGCUUGGCAAACUUCAUUGGGAAGACAGGGACAAAGAACCAACAUUAACUGUGCCUGGUUCUUAUUGGUUAUGUCACAAAAAUAAUAUUUAUAAAUUUAUGUUCAAGUUCAAUAAAUCAACAAGCAGUAGUGCAGAAAAUUUUCCACACAGCAAAGAAUUGAUGAAAAUUAUUAGGCGAAUUAUUAAGUGGCAACCAAAGCAAGGACAACACUUUGGCACAAAACAUUUACUUGUAACCUACAAUCAUGCCUCGUGGACGCGGCAAGAUAAGAUGUUCGCCAAAAUGAAAUUUUGCGACAGACCGGACGCUAUUGCAUUUCCACAUGCGUUUAUUCUGACGGUCAAGUUGUUGAAUCAACAAGUAGAGACAAUCGUAAAUCAGAAGUACGAAGAAGCCGAAGAAAAAAAUAUGGGCGGCACAUCGGCCAAAACCGCACCUGCUGAUCUGUUGAUGCGCACAACCACAGAAACAGCCGCCAUCAACACUAUAGCGGUGUGGCAGCCACCGUCAGGGAGUUCAGUGCAAGAUGAAUCGGUAGCAGACACAACAGCAACUAUGAAUGGUCAUCGGGAGAGUGUACAUAAAAAUUACGACAGUAGCAUCUCUUGGUCGCUGCGUACGCGCUCACAACUUAAAGAUUCAGACGGUGAUGGCGACGGCGGUAGUGGCUCUACAGACACAACAACGAUGACCGUUGAACCGGUAGCAAAAAAGGCGGCAACCGAAAAGAAUGUCGAUGACUGCAAUACAGACGAGGUGAAUAGUAAUAUAAGUGAAAAAGACAUGAUGGAUUCCGAUUGCGGGAACGAGCUGACGAAAGCAGAUGACACAGCAGCAACGUUAGCCGAGAGGCGGGAAAAACAAGAACCAAUUGACAACGAAGACGAGGAUAGCAAUGACAGUAAUGAUUCGCAAUCCGACUCCGCGAGUUUACCUUAUCAGUAUCUUAUCGAGCGUGAUAUCGAGCGAGAACUGCUCAACUCGCGACUUUCUGACAAGAACGAGUCUAAAGAAAACAACGCGGCUACUGCCAACACUCAUCCUUCGGUCAAAUCGUGCAACUCUUCCAUAUGCAACGACAUCGAUAACAGCUCCAAGUCAUCGGAUUCUCGCAAAAGCAACAGUAAACUUAGAUCGAGACAAGAGUCCAAGGAUAAUGAUACAGCUCCACCUCCAGAAGUUGCCAAUCUUAAGUCUUCCGAUAUUACCGAUUUGGUUAUGAAAGGACUUAUGUUUACCAUUAGGCAAGAUAAUGAUACAGUCACGGUCGUCGAACAGAAAACUAAAUUAGAAGUCGAUGAAGUGCUAGAGAAUUCGGAAAAAGUCGAGACAAAAGAAGGUGAUCAGUGCUUGUUGAAUUCGAGCUUGCUGAGACUUGAAAAAAUGGUGACACGAAUACAAGAUCCCGCCUCUCUUCCUGCGCAAAAGCAAAAUGGGACGAGCGAGAACGCGCUCAUUUCUUUUGUCGACCUGGCGGACAAAAUUAAUAUAGACAACGAGAAAAGACUUAGCGAAGCGGAAUCGACUAAAGAAAAAAGUGAAAACACCGACACCAUGGAUACAGCCAACUGUCUAUCCCAGUUUUUUAAUAAAAAUCUCUCUAAUUCUGCUUUUGAAACAUUCGGAAAAGUUUGGAAUGACACUGAUAUUUAUCAUACCGACGAAGAGUAUGAAUUGAAAGACGAAGAUAUCGUGCCAGAAGCUUUAGUUGAUCAAGUAUUCUUUAAUGAUAAAUUAGACUCUGUAAAUACUUCUGCUGUGGAUAAUUUUGAAGAUUUACUCAUGGAUGACAUUGAACCAUUUGAUGAUAAUAUAGUUAACAAAGGAGUGGUUUUAAAAAGUGACGUUUGUAAAUCAGACAGUCCAGUGACUUUAAAUGGAGCUGGUACCAAAGAUACUUCAAAACUUCCUAAAGUAAUUUCUAAUGAACUCAUCACAAAUGAUCAAAUACCUGCAGCAAUUUUAAAAUCUUUAAAGAAUAAUAAGAGUGCAACACAGCAAGUGUCUCAAAAAACUGAUAAUAAAAACAGUGACGAAAUCAAUAAUGUUCCUCAAAAUAAUAAUAAACAAAGUGUUCAAGAGAAAACUGUUGAAAUUGAAGCAAAAAUUAAACCUCAAAGUGACACUCCAAUAAACAAGGAAUUAAGUUCUAAAGUUAAAAAUUCAGUAAAAGUCCAAUGUGUUGAAAAAUCUAAAAAAGUUAUGGAAUACAAUGUUAAAGUAAUUAUACAGAGGCAUGAAGACGGGAGUAAUCAAGAAAAUGCUAUAGAAUUGAGUCCUAAUAGCAUUAUUGAAAAACGUGUAAUAGAGUCUGAAGUAAUUAGUGAUAAGAAAAUUUGUAGAAGUACUACAAUCAAGAAUAGUGAAGUUUCCAAUUCUAGUUCAUCAAAUAAUACAAGGUUGACUCGAUCAAAUUCAAAAAUACUAGGAAAAAUAGAUGAAAAAUUAUUACCAGAAGAUAUGGCAAAAACUAAGCCAAUUCUUGAAAAUUCAAAAUCUAAUAAAACUAAAAGAUUACAAACAAGUAAACGUUCUAUAGAAACAAGAGCUCAAAAAUUGACAGAAAAGAAGCUUGAAAAUCAAGAGAACAAAACUAUGUCUCAAUCGAGUGGAUUAUCAAGAAAGCGAAAAAGAAGUAUAAAUGAUCAGAAUACGAAAGCAUUGAAGUUUUGCAAAUCUGUUAUUGUAAAUGGUAAUGAAAGAAAGGAUAUAAAAGUUAAAGUGUGGAAACUGAUUAAUGAUUUGCAGUAUGGAGUUAGAGUAUCAGUUGAACGAAUGGAUAUAAAAAAUAUUCCUAGAUAAUGAU